CAGAACUGAGGCGAGCUGUCAAAGUGUGGCGCUACAAAAACAUUGACGUUACUUCAAUUAUCACGACGUGGCAGCCGUCCGAAGCAACCCCGUUAUCAACCAUUUUCAAAUCAGUGCGUUUGUACAUAUCAGUUAUUUAAAAUAAAUAAUAAACCCGGCGACGAUGAGGCUGCAUUUCACCGAGGCUCUCUGCGGAGCAUGUCACUGAUCCUGUUUGCCUUUGUGGCUCGGGCCAGGGAUGGACUCCCUCUCUCGGCUUCCACGGACUUCGAGCACAACCACGAGCUGCAGGAGCGCAAGCACCAGCUGAGAACGCUGUCCAAGUCCCUGCCACUUUGCCCGGAGAGAGGAACAAUCAAGGGCCAUGAUCUCAACAUAUACUUCAUCUCAACAGAAGGAGUCUCCUACAUGGCCGUUUGCUCCAACAGGCUCCCCAUCGCCACGGCCUUCUGCUUCCUGGAAGACCUCCGAUGGGAGUUCACAGCUUGCUUUGACAGUGCCACGGUUGCGCUGGCAAACAGACCGUAUCCAUUCUUGGAAUUUGACAGCGUCAUCCAGAAAGUGAAGCAGCAGUACAGCCAGGCUGGAGGCCCCCGCAAUGGCACCCGCCUGGCCAAGGUGCAGGAGGAGCUGAAGGCCAGACCGCCCAGGCUCCUCAGUUUUGAGGAGAUGAUGCAGAGCAAUGGGGAAGCUAAUGGCCAUGUGGACCCGGUGCCAGGAUGUGGCCUGAGUCCCAGACUGGAACCUGUGACGGCACCCGGGAUCCUCUCCUUGGUUCUCAAUAUCAUGUGUGCAUCCCUGAACCUCAUUCGGGGCGUUCACCUCAUGGAGUACACCUUCCAGGACGAUUAUGAAGGAAUCUGGAAUGUUGUAGCAUUUCUCAUGGCGUUCACCUGCUGUCUUUGCCAGUGCUACCUUUACUUAUUCCACACAUCACUGAAGAAGCCGAAGACAUUUUCCCUGCUGACGCUAAUCAUUCUAUGCAACAUAUAUCUGUACGGCCUGAGGAAUGUCUGGCAGCUGAUCUUCCACAUAGCGGUGGGGGCCCUUUCCACCUAUCUCACCCUGUCAAGGGGACUCCUCGAUAGGGUGGUGGACUGCGGAGUCUGAUGCAGAACGCUGCGAUCACAGUCACACCAAGCUGGACACAUGCCUCGGGCAGGAAGCGGUAUCGCAACAUCGCAACAUUUUUUUAUAUUUCUAUAUUUUUAACUGCCAAAUUAUGUCAAGAAGAAGAAGAAGCCCAUUCUGUAUGUAUGUAUUAGAAAAGAGUAAAUUCAACUUAAAGAUUUUAUGUGGUUUUCUGGGCAUUUAGGGAUACAUUAGAAAAUACACAUGAUUUUAUCUUAUUUAUUAGUCUUGUUUAAAGCUCCUUUUAAGGUUAAUAUAAAUCUAAAAGUUUAAGUAGUGUGCCACUGUAUAUAUUCACUGUGUGUGUGGUGGUGCUUUUCCAUUGCCAUAUAGAAACCGAGCCGGACCCAAGUCAUACAGUGGAGAGAGACUAGUUACAGCACAGUUCCAGCUCACUGUGGAUUUCCAUUGCAGAUGAAUCAAUCUGGUAUAGGCAUUGGCAGGUUUGGAGAGUUAUGGCAAUGUAAAACCGAAUAGAUGCUUUAUUGUUCAUACAGUAUACGUCAUGAUUUACUAUGUGCUAAUUUCUGCUAGCAAGUCUGUGAGAAUCCUCAUCUUUUUUUUUUUAGAAUUGCCAUGUUAGGUUAGCAUCAAAUGCUAACAUAAUUAGCAUUUGUUUGCGUAAAUUUGCAUUACAAAUCCAUUCCUUUGAGCGGUUUGGUAGUACUUUAUAAGUAGGUUGUGGAAGAUUUUCAAGUUCCUGGUUAUCGGGAAUGCAUUAAUACUUGGCAAUGUGCGAUGCUACUAAUAAUGAAUAAUAUAUAGAAUAUGACGUUUUUCCUUUAGAUAAUCUAUGGAUAUCGACACAAUACCAAUAAUUUUGCAUUUUGACCAAUCAGAUGGUGGUGACACAACCAGGUCAGUUUGGUCACAUUUACGGCACAGGUACGGCUUGGAUAACCUACAAAGAAAAACCAUCAGUUCGCAGUACGGCUCGGUUCUUGGUGGCAGUGGAAAAACCCCGUAAGUGUCUGUCCUACCAAUGAAGGGAUUUUGCCCCCUACAGGAAUAGUUCAAAUUUUCCUUUGUAUGGAGUCAUAGCAGGCAAUAGGGGGAGAAUUUCAAAAAUGAAGUCCUUGAAAUUGUGGGUGAAAUGGGACAAAUGAUUGUUAAUGUGGUCAUGUUCAAGAGAGAAAUUUUCAAGAAUGUUCUAGAAAGUUCUAGAGCAGAGGCAUUCAAACUGUGGGGUGUAGGUGAGGGAACAAAACUGUGUGGGGGUUUGAGGUAGGGGCAGACCUGUUUCAGAGAUUGCAGCCUUUGGAAGUAUUAAAAACGUGAACACAUUAUACGCCACUAAACAACAGCAAAUUAAAAUAAUUCAAUUUUAGAUUGUAUAUCAGCCCUAGGGAGGCCUUGUCAAAGAAAGUUUGAAUUUCACUGUUUGACACAAGGCAAUUGUUUGUACAGAAGCUCUGCAUUUAUGACUAAAAGACUGGCUGCUAAUGUGUCAGAGGUCUACUUCAAAUGUGGGACAGAGGUACAAUGUAGCAGGGUGGAGGUGGGGGGGUUGAAACUAAAUAAGGUUGACUCAUUAACUGACUAAAAACACUGGAAAAACUAACCAAAAAUCCUUUACAACUUAAAAAACAACCAAAAACACAUCCUGGAGGGAGCACAGUACAGAAUUACCCUCCUGAAUUUGCCUGGCUGUCACUAUAAAACCCUAAAAAGACAAUUAGCCCAAUUAGGGCCAUCUGGGCUUCAUUAAAGUGUGGGCCUUUGAUCGUUUGCCAUGGCAAAUCUAACCUGUGUCGUUGGUGCACGACCUGCUUGCUUACAUUUUAUUUUAAAUAUUUAAAAUGUAUCCUUUUCUUCUUAAACUGCACACAUCAAUUGUUCUAAUCUUAAAAAUCCAUUUUGGCACAAAGGAAUACUUGUAAAAAUUCUUUAACAAAUUGAACAGAUGUCAUCUUUAAUUGAUUUAACAUAUUUCCAUAGUUUAUUUUCACUAUUUUACUCAUUUAAAGCAAACCAAAAUUUCAUACUCCUUUGUGCCUGUGUACAGACAUUAGUUGAACCCUCUGCAAUUGAACUGCAGACUGGCAGAAUGUAUGAUAAACAAGUGUGUCGAUGAAUGGUUUCAUUUACCAUUGCAUAUACAGUGCUGUCUGAAAGUCUUAGGUAGUCAAAGAAAAUGUUAAAGCCAUUUUUCUGUGUAGCAAGUGUACACUUGCUCAAACAAUACUAUUUAACAAGAGAAUAUAUGCAAAUGAACAGUAACACAAUAAAAAAUGGACAAUUCUUCUUUUCUCCGAAACAUUACUGAUAUCGUGUUGGACAGCUAGAUGAACGCCACUUCAGUUCCCAAACCUCUCCUCUGGAGCACCGUAGCCAUUCCAUAUAUUAAUUCAUUUUAACCAUCAGCUCAAUAAAUUCAUCAUUCAACUAAUAAUAUGUUGAUAACAGGAUUAGCCAAACAAUGUGUUCUAGUGCUUGAGUCAAAAAAUAUAUUGGUGUAUAGGAUGGUUGUUGUAAGGGCUCUGGUGAUUUUAGGAGAGACAUCAUGGUUCUACACCAACAUACAGAUUAUUUUCUUUGCCUGCUUGAGGCUUUUGCACAGCACUACAGUAUAUGUUUCGUGGAAUUAUACUAUUUUUUCAUUGAACUGAUCUGUGGAUGGAUAUUUCACUUUUCCCCAUACAAUUUUUAGAAACAAAAUAAUGUCUUAGGUGUUAGUCGCUGUGUUACAGUGUAAAUUCCAGUACUCGGGGAGGUAUAUCACAGCAUCAUCAUAAACUGUGGUAGUAAGUAAAAGGUAAUGGAAACAAAUGAAUGAAUAAGCAUGGUUUUUGGUACAUAUUUUGGUGAGUAUAUACAUUAUAUACAGUAUAUACAUUUUGAAGAUUUUGGUGUUACAUUUGACAAGCAUAAAUGAAAUAGCAUUGCUUCUGAUCUUUUAACAACCACCAACUUGGUUUGUUAAUACCAAGUCAUUCUUAUUUAAUAGAUAUCCAGCAUUGUGAACAAAAUAAAUCGGCACCCCCAGAUAAGUUAGUUGUGUAAUUUAGAGGGAUUUAGAGGAACUUCAUCCAGGCAUUGUACACAUUUUUGUUAUAUAAUUGAUGAUGUCAUCAAAAGUAAUACUGAAUGUGAGCAUAGGCAAUGAUAAAUCUGUUUAAAACAUUGUGUCUGAUACAUUGGUACAGUCGAUUUAAAUUGUCAAAUUGUAAAAAGAAAUAGUUUGGAUGCCUGUGAAGAAAUUUACAUGAUAUCUUAUGUAAUGUAGAUUUAGAUUUGUGUGUUUCAUACUUGGACAAGAAUGUAUGCAUUUUUUAUUGAUCCUGAACCAAGAAAAUCUAUGUGAAAUUCAAGGGCUUUAUUUGUAUGAAAUGGAUUAAAAAUCUGUAUAUUUUUUCAGGAUAAUCAGUGAAUCGAGUUGUUACAACAUUGAAAACCAUUGUUUACACACACGGUGUGUGUACAAGUUUUGUGUACAUUAUUGAAUUGAGGGGAAAAAAUCUAAACUACAGCCGAACUCUCCAGCCCUGGGAAAAUCCAGCUCAUGUGGUUGUGUUGAUUGUAUGGAGGUUUUUUUUUUUUCCUACCGAAGGUUUUUAGAUGGUAAUCUGUGUAAACUUGCACUAUUGACAGUUAUAUAAUAAAAAAUCACGUAAAUAAUGUAUCUCAUUGACUGCAAAGCAAACUGAUUAAUAGUUGUGUUGAGUCACUGAUGUGGCUAGCUGAUGCAAUGUAAUGUUUUUUGCUUACCCUAUUUAAGAAAUAAAUUCCGGGUUUAAUGUAUAUCUAGAUUCAAAUGCUGAUUUGACUGCAGCUCUUGUGGGCCAGAUGUCUGAAGCGCCUGACCUAUGAUCUCCAAAAGCAACUUAAAGGUUGCUUAAAUUCAGAGCCGUAGCUACGCUGGUUAAAAUAAGUAGGCAUGUGUGUGUCUAUCUCACUUACUGCAUCAACAUUAUGUUCAUGUUGCCGUCUCUCACCAUCUCUCUGCUGAGUCACAGUGCUGUGCUCUGCUUAUCUGCCAAGCUGCUUAGCUACGUUACAGCACAUUUGUUUGGUUGUACUUUGUUAAACUGUGCACAAACUUGUUUGUAAUUGUCAAACUGAUGCAGACACCUGUACUUGGAGCUUUAAUGUUGAUAUGAAAUAAAACAUCUUUUUGAUACUA